AUGACAUUUUGUAUAGUGAUAAUGUGUUUGGGUGUGAUAGGCAACGUGAUGGUGCCUAUUGUAAUUUUGAAAACAAAGGAUAUGAGGAACUCCACGAAUAUAUUUCUAGUGAACCUAAGCAUUGCUGAUUUAAUGGUGUUGUUGGUCUGCACGCCCACUGUCCUCGUGGAGGUGAACUCUAAGCCGGAAACUUGGGUGCUAGGGAAGGAAUUAUGUCUGGCAGUUCCGUUCGUUGAGUUGACCGUCGCGCAUGCCUCGGUCCUCACGAUCCUAGCGAUAAGCUUCGAGCGGUAUUAUGCAAUAUGCGAGCCUCUUCGGGCUGGCUACGUGUGUACCAAGACCAGAGCGACGCUAAUCUGUGCCCUGGCUUGGUUCUUUGCCGCUCUUUUCACCAGUCCAAUCCUGGCGAUCGCAGAGCACCACACAGUCACGCGCCAAGACGGAACGAUCUCCUCACAAUGUCUCACGCAAGCUGUUACAUUUUGGCCAAUUACUUUCUACACCAUGGUCAUAAUAUUACUCUACUUCAUACCACUACUUAUGUUAAUAGUAUUAUACAGUAUUAUUGCCAAAAAUCUCAUAACGGCAGCUUCCAAAGUGGUUAUGAACAAAACUGUCGACCCAUAUAACACAAGAGCUAGAAAACAGAAUUCUUCGGAAAGAACGCAAAAUAGGCGGGUGCAAAGAACUGUAACAAAUGCAUCCACCACCAGUAGCAGUUUAUCGAGAACAACAAAUAGUUUAAAGAAAUUUUUCCAUCACAGAAGCAGCUUGGAUAGAAGUGAUAAUGAAACCGAAAGUAAAGAGAGCAGAGACGAUAGUAACAGAGCUAAGACGAACGGAUUUUACAGGAUGUUUACGAAUAAACGAUUCGUAAGGCAACAGUCAGCCCCAGUUUGUCCAAGUCCUAAACUAAAUAAGAUUAGUAGAAUGAGGAGUGAGGGUAAUGUAUUGGAAGUGUCUGAUAAUUCUGAAGUGGAUCAUAAAAUAAGGCGUUCCUAUCCAAAAGAUGUAGUGACGAAAUUUAUUGGUCAUUCCAAUGUUAGUGGUAAAAAUAAUAGGGCUGAUAUUGAACUAGAUUCGUCGAAUCGUUGCCACGGUUCAUUGAGACGAAGCGUUUUAAUAAACAGCGCUAAAGCGAAAAGUUUGGAGGGCGAUAGUAAUAAAAAGUUUGUGUCGUACCAAAAGAUAAGGGUAGACUGUGUUGUCGGCUUCCAGAAAUCGAGGAGUAUCGAUUACGACUUCCCAGAGAGUUUUGUGUAA